CACUAAUGCAUCAUUGAAAUGCAAGCUUAGCAACAAUGGGGUUCUGGCAAGUUGGAUUUGCGUUUCUUCUUGCUCUGGGAUUCUCUGAAGCUCUAUUGAGAUCCAGAGGAAGAAAUGAUUGGACCCCAAGCGUAUUUAUGCCUAGGGCACUAGUUCAGAAGACCGACUUCAGGAUGCCUCCAAUUGCCCAGAGAUAUGGCCUUGGUAAUCCUGCAUCUGCACCACAAGGAUUUCCUGCUCCGUUUCCUGUCCAAACACCAGCCAGGAAUGAUUUUAGAAGGCCUUCUCAAGAUCUUUUUGGUGUUCAGUCAAAAGAACUGAUGCUGGGUCCAGUGACAAAACUUGCAUGGAGUUUUCCAAACCUACCAGAAGAAUUACAGCAGCCAGACAUUCCUUUUGAGUUACGUCAUCCUGUCCCUGCCAACAGUGUAGCAGCUCAGUGUGGUGAGAAUUCAAUAUAUGUGGAGGUGAUGGAAGACUUCUUUGGGACUGGGAAGCCAUUGAGGUCAUCUGCUCUUACACUGGGAAGCUGUACUGCAACUGGGGAAGACCCUUCUGCUCAAGUGCUUAUCUUUGAGUCUGAACUGCAUGGAUGUGGCAGUAUAGUAACGGUGACUGAACAUGAGAUUGUCUAUACCUUCAAACUUCUCUACACGCCACAAGAGGCUUCAUAUGGUGUUCCUAUUGUUAGGAGCAGUAGUGCGGUGGUUGGUAUCGAGUGUCACUAUUCAAGACUGCAUAAUGUGAGCAGCGAUUCCUUGGUGCCCACUUGGAUCCCAUAUACCUCUACUAAAGUUGCAGAGGAGGUCUUUGUCUUCUCCCUCAAACUCAUGACUGAUGACUGGAGAUUCGAGAGACCUUCUAACCAAUACUUCCUGGGUGAUAUCAUAAAUCUUGAAGCAUCUGUGCAUUCAUACAGCCAUGUUCCCAUCCGUGUGUUUGUGGACAGCUGCGUGGCUACAGUAGUCCCUGAUGUCACAUCUGUCCCCAGAUACUCCUUUAUUGAGAACAAUGGGUGCCUGGUUGAUGCCAAGCUCACAGGCUCCAGGUCUCACUUUAUGCCCCGAACUCAAGGUGACAAGUUGCGGUUUCAGCUGGAAGCUUUUAGGUUCCAGCAACCAGACAGUGGACUGGUCUACAUCACAUGCAUGGUGAAGGUGGCUGUAGCAACUACUCCAAGUCCUGAACAGAAAGCUUGUUCAUUCUCUGCUAAUGGUUGGGUGUCUGCAGAUGAUUCUGACCAGGUGUGUGGCUGCUGUGACACCACCUGUAGUAUCAGAAGAGGAAGUGAUCCGCUUAAAGAUCUGUGGUGGGAAAGAACAUCUGUUGGGCCCAUCAAUGUUAAGGAAUAUGGCUAUGGCCAAAAAUAACUGGAAGUGCCAUGUGACAUCUGUUGACUUAAUAAAAAAAAAAAA